GUCGUGCUUUUUGUGUCGGCAAAUAAAUAGGAGCAGCUCCCUCUCCGCCGAUCACUGCGCUCCUCCACAACCUCGUGCGACUGUCCGAAAGAAAAGCGUUUCUUCAAGAUGAAGUCUUUCCUCCUGGCUGCCUGCAUCCUGGGGAUUGCCGUCUGUGCUCCGCAGAUGUACAUGGAGUUUGACAUCCGCUUUGCUCCACCUGAGGCAGCCCAGGCCAUUCCUGUUGGAGCUCCUGUUGGAACUCUGGACGUACUGCUCCCGGUUGAUGACCAGAAGAACUUUGUUGGCGGACCUGUCCGAGGUUUCAUCAAGCAGGACGUAAUCGGGCCAGAUGGCAGAGAGAUCAAGGAAGUGUACUACCCCUUUGGUUUUGCGCCAUCAGAUCCCGCUGCUGCUGCUGCCCCCGUUCUUCUCUCCAAUCCCGCUGCUCCUGCUGUCAGAGCUGCUCCAGCUGCUCCAGCUGCUCCAGCUGUUCCUGCUCAGCCCGUUCUCCCAGUCUUCGCUGUCGCUGCCGCCCCUGCCAGGCCCAGAGGUGGUGAUGAUGAUGAUGAGGAGGAUGAUUAAAACAUCAGAAUCAGCAGUGUGUGCUCACAGGUGAUGAAACCAGGACCUGUCGUGGUGACAGAGGCUUCUGUUCAAACCAAUACGGUGCUUUGCCUUUAAAAGUGAAAAUGUUGCUGAUGCUGCCUUGUUGAAGAGAUGGUGCUACGCUUUUAUAUGGGAGCGAAACGACUUGUAGAGCGUCCUAAUAAAAAAUACUGUGCUGUUCAAUGAAACGAGUGUUUUUCAACGACCAGCUUUUCUCGCUUCACUGAAAUAAACUGUCAAAAAGCA